AUGUGGGAAAGUGGAGAAUCCCUCGGUGUGUUCCUGCCCUCGAUGUGCUCUCCUUCAGCCAGUGCAGAAGAUGGUGCAGUUCUUCACCUCAUUGCAGCCAAGAUUAGCAAGAAGUCUUCGGUGACGGGCGCCAUGGAAAGCCCUCUGAACGUCUGCUACAUUGACCAAGCAACUCUCUGCCUCCACAGGGCUGCUCUGACGGGCUGGGGCCUUGACCUACCAGGGAGAUUUCUCUUUGCAAUCUUAACUCUGAUGACGCUAAUUGCCAACCUGGUGUUUAUAGAGGAAGCAGUCUACAUCUACAGGAAAAUCCCUUCCUCCAAAAGAUCAAUCAUAAUUUGGGUUAAUGCUGCAGCUCCGGUGAUCGCUACUACUUCAUGCAUUGGCAUGUGGAUUCCUCGCUCAACAAUGUUUACAGAUUUCACAGCGGCAGUGAGGUUUGCAAAUGAUCGCUUCAAGAUCAGCACCGGUCCCUGCUGCUGCUGCUGCCUUUGUCUCCCUCUUGUACGCAUCACUCGGCAAACCCUCUUUUUGAUGAAGCUGGGCACCUUUCAGUUUACUUUCUUUCGACCCGUGCUCAUGUUUUUAUCAAUAGUGCUUUGGACUGAUGGCAAUUACACCCCUUACAAUUUAUCUCCCAAAGGAGCUGCAAUAUGGAUUAGCUGCUUUGUUGGUGUCCUCACCAUUCUUGCUCUGUGGCCAGUUGCAAUCAUGUUUCAACAAGUUAGGACUCUCCUUGUCUGUAAGAAGAUCAUCCCUAAGUUUGCUCUUUAUCAGUUUAUCCUCAUUCUGAACCACUUGCAGGCAGCUAUUAUCAACAUCUUGGCCAUGCAAAGAAUUAUUCCCUGUGCUCCACCACUCUCCUCUUCAGCAAGAGGAGCAUGUAACAGCCUCCUCAUCAUGGAAAUGUUUCUGAUAACCCUAAUCUCAAGGGUGGUUUAUCGGAGAAGAUAUGAUGACCUAGAGCCUCCGGAGUGUAUGGCUGAAGAAGCUGAGGACAACAAGCAGAGUCCUAAGAUUAUCCUGAAUGGCACAGUUAGUGAAGAUGGACUGCCAAAGGUUUAG